AUAGAAAAAGAUAGGAUAAAGGAAGUUUGAAACUAAUAAUAGAGAGAUUUGGUAGCUUUUUCAUUUGAGUUGAUCAGGACCGAGGAAGUUAAACAGGGUAAAUUGAUAAGUUCAGGCAAAUUUGUUUGGGUUCCUAGAUUCUUGUCAAAACCCGGGACAAUUUUCACUCCAAAACUAAAUCAAAACUGCGAAAAGUUUCGCUUUCGGACUCCUACAUGGAACUUCGAGCCAUAUCUAUUUAACCGCUUUAGUGUAGAGUCUCCAACACUCUUCUUUAUAUAACUGGAAGAACAAAAACUACAAGACUCUCGUCUCUUCACCAACUUUUUUUUUUUUUUCCUAUAAUAUGGCUGGGUACAGGCCUGAUGAUGAGUAUGAUUACUUGUUCAAGCUGGUGUUGAUUGGUGAUUCAGGUGUGGGUAAGUCCAACUUGCUUUCCAGGUUUACCAAAAACGAGUUUAAUCUCGAGUCCAAGUCUACUAUUGGUGUUGAGUUUGCUACCAAAAGUUUGAAGAUUGAUGGCAAGGUCGUCAAGGCUCAGAUUUGGGACACUGCUGGCCAAGAAAGGUACCGUGCCAUUACAAGUGCUUAUUAUAGAGGUGCUGUUGGUGCUUUGCUUGUGUAUGAUGUCACUCAAGUUUCCACCUUUAGGAAUGUUGGGAGGUGGUUGAAGGAGUUGAGAGAGCACACUGACCCCAACAUUGUUGUCAUGCUGAUAGGCAACAAGUCAGAUCUUCGGCACCUCAUAGCUGUCUCCACUGAGGAUGGUAAAGCAUUUGCCGAGGAGGAGUCUGUAUAUUUCAUGGAAACAUCAGCAUUAGAUGCAACAAACGUGGAAAAUGCUUUUACAGAAGUUAUUAAUCAGAUAUACAAGGUUGUUAGCAAGAGGACAGUCGAGGCAGGCGUCGAUGGAUCUUCUUCCACACUUCCAUCAAAAGGAGAGACAAUAAAUGUCAAUGCGGAUGCUUCCUUUCUGAAGAGAAUAGGAUGCUGCUCGAACUAAGGACAAGUUGUUGUCAGACUGCCGGAUUACACAGCAUUGUGCAAUUUCCUUGUACAUGAUCACAGUUAAUCUUCAUGUAGAAUGAAAAAACAAGGUUGUCUGCUACUCAGUUUGGAAUAUUUCCUGAGAACAUGGUCUAAGUAGUCUCAAAUAAUCUAAUGUCCUGGUGGAAUGCAUUAUCUACCUGAAACCUAUAUACUGCAACUAUUUUACUACUCAGGGUGUUCAAUUAUGAAGUUUGAUUUUGUCCCUCUGGCUAAA